UGGAUUGUGUUCAUUGAGAGAAACCUUAUUUUUUAACUGUGCUAUGGAGUAGAAGCAGGAGGUUUUCAACCUAGUGACAGUCACAGAGCAGCACCUACCCCCUCCUCCUUUCCACACCUGCAAACUCUUUUGCUUGGGCUGAAUUUUUAGUGUAAUUACAUCUCAGCUCUGAGGGCUCCUGUGGCAAAUCCCCGGAUUAAAAGGUUCCUUUGUUGUGAAAAUACAUGAGAUAAAUCAUGAAGGCAACUAUCAUUUUCCUCCUGCUUGCACAAGUUUCCUGGGCUGGUCCGUUUCAACAGAGAGGCUUAUUUGACUUUAUGCUAGAAGAUGAAGCUUCUGGGAUAGGCCCAGAGGAACACAUUCCUGAUGUUACUGACUUGGAGCCUCUGGGACCAGUGUGUCCUUUUCGCUGUCAAUGCCAUCUUCGAGUUGUCCAGUGUUCUGAUUUGGGUCUGGACAAAGUGCCAAAAGAUCUUCCCCCUGACACUACGCUGCUGGACCUGCAAAACAACAAAAUAACUGAAAUCAAAGAUGGGGACUUUAAGAACCUGAAGAACCUUCAUGCACUGAUUCUUGUCAACAACAAAAUUAGCAAAAUCAGCCCUGCGGCAUUUACACCUUUGGUGAAAUUGGAACGACUUUAUCUGUCCAAGAAUCAGCUGAAGGAAUUGCCAGAAAAGAUGCCCAAAACUCUUCAGGAGCUGCGGGCCCAUGAGAAUGAGAUCACCAAAGUGCGAAAAGCUGUAUUCAACGGACUGAACCAGAUGAUUGUCGUAGAACUGGGCACCAAUCCACUGAAGAGCUCAGGAAUUGAAAAUGGAGCCUUCCAAGGAAUGAAGAAGCUCUCCUACAUCCGCAUUGCUGACACCAAUAUAACCACCAUCCCUAAAGGUCUUCCUCCUUCCCUUACUGAAUUACAUCUUGAUGGGAACAAAAUCACCAAGAUCGAUGCAAUCAGCCUGAAAGGACUGACUAAUUUGGCUAAGUUGGGACUGAGCUUCAACAGCAUUGGUGCUGUUGACAAUGGCUCUUUGGCCAACACUCCACAUUUGAGGGAGCUUCACUUGGACAACAACAAGCUCAUCAAAGUGCCUGGUGGGCUGGCAGAUCAUAAGUACAUCCAGGUUGUCUACCUUCAUAACAACAACAUCUCUGCAGUUGGUUCUAACGACUUCUGCCCGCCUGGAUACAACACCAAAAAGGCCUCUUAUUCUGGUGUUAGCCUUUUCAGCAAUCCAGUCCAGUACUGGGAGAUCCAGCCAUCCACCUUCCGAUGUGUCUAUGUGCGCUCUGCCAUUCAGCUCGGAAACUACAAGUAACUCCCAAGAAAGCCCUCAUUUUUAUAACCUGGAAAAAUCCUGUUAAUAUCAUUACUCGAAAAAAAAAAAAAAAAGAAAGCUAGAUACUGGAAGCCUAAUAGCAGUGUGGAUGUUUUUUCCCACAUGACUUAUUAUGCAUACACCCAAAUAUGCAGUUUAAAUAAUUGCCUACAAUAAAAAGAAUUUUGCCUGUCAUUUUCAGAAUUCUUUUUUGAAGCUUCCUGUUGAUGUUAACUGAGCUAUUGCAGAUUUUCUUUUUUUCACUAAAUGUAAAAUUUGGAGUAACUGUGUGUCUCAACAAUUUAGUAAAGCUUUUCCUUUUUAAUUUUCAGAAGAGAUAGAAUAAAGUAUCCAUCUUCUGUAACUCAUAAGAUAAUUAGCUCCUUUGGCAUGAAGUCCAAAGUCCAGUUCUAGUUCUGUCUUAAUCCUCAUUAUUACUGGUAAAGCCUCAUUUGAACAUGUGAAUUCAAUACAGGCUAUGUAAAAGUUUUGCUAAUGUCAUUAUUUUGAAAAAAAUAAAUUCACAGAUACAUUCAAAAUUA